GAAGGUGUGAGCGGCCGGGGGGGGCUGGGCGCUCUUCAGCGUCCCCUCCCCAGCGAGACCCCGGUGAGGGGUGCUGGGGGUGAGGGCAGGAGCGGGGGGCGCAGCCCCGCUGGCCGGCGGACGAUGAGGAGGCUCCUGAGCGCUGGGAGAGGAAGGAUUUGACCAAGAGAGCACCGAGGAGAUGUCGGCUGUGAAGCCCGACAAGGGCGAAGGCGACACCAGCAGCACGAGCAGCGCCGGCGGUGGGGAGGCCCAGGAGUCACAGCCGUCCCCGCUGGCCCUGCUGGCAGCCACCUGCAGCCGCAUCGAGUCUCCCAAUGAGAACUCCAACAGCUCCCAGGGCCAGCAGGGUGGGAGUGGCGAGCUGGACCUGAAUGCAGCCGCCGCCCAGCUCACCCAGUCGGCCAACGGCUGGCAGAUCAUCUCGGCGGGCUCCAGCACCCCCACGGGCUCCAAGGAGCCGGGCAGCAACGGCAGCAACGGCGGCGACGCCUCCAAGAGCCGCCCGGUCAGCACCGGGCCCUACGUGGUCACCUCGGCGUCCGGCCUGCAGAACCAGCAGGUGCUCACGGGCCUGCCGGGCGUCAUCCCCAACAUCCAGUACCAGGUGAUCCCCCAGUUCCAGACCAUCGACGGGCAGCAGCUGCAGUUUGCCACCACCCCGGCACAGGUGAACGUGCAGCAGGAUGCCUCGGGGCAGCUGCAGAUCAUCCCCGGCUCCAACCAGCAGAUCAUCACGAGCCGCGCGGGCGGCAGCAACCUCAUCGCCAUGCCCAACCUGCUGCAGCAGGCCGUGCCCAUCCAGGGCGUGGGGCUGGCCAACAACAGCCUCUCCGGCCAGACCCAGUACGUGGCCAACGUGCCCGUGGCCCUGAACGGCAACAUCACCCUGCUGCCGGUCAACAGCGUGGCCGCCAGCCUGGCCCCCACAUCCCAGACGGGCACCCUGAGCACCGCGGGCUCGCCGGACAGCGGCUCCCAGCCGGCCACCUCGGGGGCUGCCAGCAGCUCGGGCAGCACAGCCACGUCCCAGGCCAGCUCGGGCGCCUUCUUCACCAACGCCAACAGCUACUCCACCACCACCACCACCAGUAACGUGGGCGUCAUGAAUUUCUCCACCAGCGCCACAGUGGGCACCAACGUGCAGGCGCAGACCCCCCAGAGGGCCAGCAGUGUCCCCAGCUCGGACUCUCUGCAGAGCCCGGUGUCUGGGGUGGCUCUGCAGCCGGGGCAGCAGAAGGAGGGCGAUCAGAGUCAGCAGUCACAGCAGCAGCAGCAGCAGCAGCAGAUCCUGAUCCAGCCACAGCUGGUCCAAGGAGGGCAGACAAUCCAAGCCCUCCAGACCACCCCGCUGUCUGGCCAGACCUUUGCCACUCAGGCCAUCUCCCAAGACACCUUGCAGAACCUGCAGCUCCAAGCCGUGCCCAACUCUGGCCCCAUCAUCAUCCGCACGCCCACGGUGGGUCCCAACGGGCAGGUGAGCUGGCAGACCAUCCAGCUGCAGAACCUGCAGGUGCAGAACCCCCAGGCACAGACAAUCACGCUGGCCCCCAUGCAGGGAGUGUCGCUGGGCCAGACGGGCAGCACCAGCACCACGCUGACCCCCAUCGCCUCCCUGCCCAGCGGCACCGUCACCGUCAACGCCGCCCAGCUCUCCUCCGUGCCGGGCCUCCAGACUAUUAACCUCAGUGCCUUGGGAGCGUCCGGGAUCCAGGUGCACCAGCUGCAGGGGCUGCCCCUGGCCAUCGCCAACACCCCCGGUGAGCACGGGGCCCAGCUGGGGCUGCACAGCGGCAGCGGAGACGGGCUGGGGGAUGAGAGUGCGACCGUGGAGGAGGGGGAGACCAGCCCCGACCCCCAGCCCCAGCAGGGCCGGAAAACACGGAGGGAAGCCUGCACCUGUCCCUACUGCAAGGAAGGAGAGGGCAGGAGCUCUGGGGAUCCAGGGAAGAAAAAGCAGCACAUCUGCCACGUGCCGGGCUGCGGGAAGGUGUACGGGAAGACCUCGCACCUGCGGGCGCACCUGCGGUGGCACACGGGGGAGAGGCCCUUCAUCUGCACCUGGGUGCUGUGCGGGAAGCGCUUCACCCGCUCCGACGAGCUGCAGCGGCACAAGCGCACGCACACGGGAGAGAAGAAAUUCGCCUGCCCGGAGUGCCCCAAGCGCUUCAUGCGCAGCGAUCACCUCUCCAAGCACAUCAAGACCCACCAGAACAAGAAGGGAGGGGCCACCAACGUGGCCAUGAACGUCUCGGCCGUCCCCAUGGACACGGCGGCCUCGGCCGAAGGCAACGGCGGCGCCACGCCCUCGGCGCUGAUCGCCACCAACAUGGUGGCCAUGGAGGCCAUCUGCCCCGAGGGCAUCGCCCGCCUGGCCAGCAGCGGCAUCAACGUCAUGCAGGUGGCCGACCUGCAGUCCAUCAACAUCAGCGGCAACGGCUUCUGAGCCCACGUGCCCACGGAGCCACCAACCUGCAGCACUAACCCGGCCCGGCACCGCUCCUCUCCAAGGCCAGAGCUAUAUAUAUAUAUUUUUUAAUUUUGGCUUGAUUUUUUUUUUUCCCCUCUUUUUUUUCUUUUUUUUUUUUUUUUUUUUUUUGUCCCCUUUUUUAUCCUUUUUUCCUCUCCUGUGCUGCCCUCCCCACCCUCCCGAGGCUCCUCGGCGUCAGCACGCCUUGGUCCUUUUAGCAUAAAAAAACAAAAAACACCCCAAACCCCCCUCCCACCCCAAUGACGGAAAUACCAACAAAACAACAGAAAAAAAAAACCCAAAAAAAAAAAAACAAAUGCAAAAAAAAAAAAAAAAGAAAAAAUGCAAAAAAAAAAAAAGAGAAAAGAUUCUAUAUUAUUAUUAUAUAUAUAAAAAUAUGUGUUCGUUUGAGAGAGGAGAGAUGUUGCUGCGACCAUGGCGUGGUCCCUUUGAUGCCUUAUCCUGGAGCAGAUCGGCCCCUCUGGGGCACGUCAGGCAAUGCCCGAGCUCCCCUUCCCCUCCCGGAUCCCAAUUCCCAUCAGAAUCCCCAAAAAUCCUCCCCGGGCUGUCGGAUGCUUUGCUUUGAGGUGAUUCUGUAAUUCCUUUGGCAUUCUCGGGGGGAGAUCCCGCUGGAUUUUUCACCCUUGGACUCCCACUGCCCUCCCCUGCCUUGGCAGGUGUUUUUUUAAUUUUUUUCUUGGAUCUUGUUUUUUUUCCAGCCGUUUUCUUGGCAAGGCUCCCUCUCCUGUGGGAGUGGAGCUGCUCCAUGGGAAGGUCGUGGACAGAGGGGCUGGGACGCAGCCCUGGGGGGGACAACUGGAGCUUCCUCAGGGGGGAAAAGUUGAUUUUUUUUUUAAUUACAGCCAGCGUUGGAAUUAAUAAUAAUAGUAAUAAUCGGGAAAAGGAGAAUCUGCGGAGCUCAGCCGGUCUGGAGCGAGGGGAAGCACCGCAGGGACACGAGGGACACUUGAGGGUUCUGUUGUGGCACCGCUGGAGGUGGCUCCUGAAAAAAAAAGAAAGGGUGUUAGAAAUAGGGACAGCUUGGAGAAAAAAAAAAACCCAAACAGGGUUUUCCAGGAUCCUGCUCUUCCCGCCGUGGGAGGGCUCGGUCCUUUCCGUUCUUCCUCCCACACCCUCCUCUUCCUGCCCCAGACACUUCCCGGCCGCCCUGGCCGGGUUCCAUCCCAGAUCGGGGCUGUGGGGUGCAGGGUGUGGGUCCCCCAAAAGGGGAAUCGGGGAUCAUUCCCCGGCAGCAGCUUUGGGAUGAGCCCAGCAGGGUCUGAGCACGGUGGGGGCCCUGGGAAUGACCCCGGGCUGUGGAUCCGAGGAGGAGCUGAGCUCAGGGAGGGGAUGGAGCUGGCCAAGAUCUUCCCUGCUCCCAUUUUGGGGUCGGGGCAUGACCCCCUCUCCCUCCAGGGCGGGGUACAAAGGGGAGGCCCCCCAGGAGCCACGAAUCCCACCUGCCCUGGGCCAUUCCCACAGGUAAAUCGGGUGUUUUUCCCCACCCCAGCACCCAGGGCUUCCCACUCUGGACAUCCCCCUCGCCUUUCCCUGCUCCCCCUUUUCCCGGGAGAAGCUCCAGCAGAGCCAGGAGCACGGGGCAGGCACUGGGGAGGUGCUGGACUCCCUCGGGAAAGCCUCGAGAGGAGCUGGAGCGGCUGCCCUGCCUCCAUCCCCAGGCUGUUCCACACUCGGGAGCUCCGGGAGCCAGCGGGAAUCUUGUUCUGAUUUGGGUUUUUUUUGUAAAAAAACACACACACACAAAAAAAGGAAAGGCAGCAGAAGCUCCCUGGGGAGGGGGCGCAGGGCCCGGCUCCCCCAGCCCCCACCCCGGCUCUCUCUC